AUGAUCGCCGCGGCUUUCCUCGUCUUGCUGAGACCCUACAGCAUCCAAUGUGCCCUCUUCCUCUUGUUGCUUCUGCUGGGCACCAUCGCCACCAUCGUCUUCUUCUGCUGCUGGCACCGCAGGCUCCAGAAAGGGAGGCAUCCGAUGAAAUCGGUCUUUUCGGGUCGUUCAAGGAGCCGAGAUGCUGUUAUGAGAUCCCACCACUUUCGUUCUGAGGGAUUCAGAGCAAGCCCUCGGCAUCUUAGAAGACGUGCUGCUGCGGCCGCAGCUGCUCGCCUGGAAGAGUCCAAACCUGUGGUGGAAGUUCACCAUCAGAGUGAGCAAGAAAUUUCAGUGAGGAAACGAAGAAUCAAGAAAAAUAGCCGAGUCCAGCCAGAAUUCUAUCAUUCCGUUCAAGGUGCUUCAACCCGAAGGCCUAGUUCCGGGAACGCGUCCUAUCGCUGCUCUAUGUCUUCCUCUGCGGAUUUUUCUGAUGAAGAUGAUUUCAGCCAGAAAUCUGGCUCGGCAUCUCCAGCGCCGGGAGACACCUUACCCUGGAAUUUGCCUAAACAUGAGAGAUCAAAAAGAAAGAUUCACGGCGGCUCGGUGCUGGACCCCGCUGAGAGGGCAGUGCUUAGGAUAGCAGAUGAACGGGACAAAGUUCAAAAGAAAACGUUUACAAAAUGGAUAAAUCAGCAUCUCAUGAAGGUUCGAAAACAUGUGAAUGAUCUCUAUGAAGACUUAAGGGAUGGACACAAUUUAAUCUCUCUUUUAGAGGUUCUUUCGGGAGAUACCUUGCCCAGAGAAAAAGGUCGGAUGCGUUUUCACAGACUACAGAAUGUACAAAUUGCACUUGACUAUUUGAAAAGACGCCAGGUGAAAUUAGUGAAUAUUAGAAAUGACGACAUAACAGAUGGAAAUCCCAAGUUGACUUUGGGAUUAAUAUGGACAAUAAUUUUGCACUUUCAGAUAUCUGAUAUCCAUGUUACUGGAGAGUCAGAGGAUAUGUCUGCGAAGGAGAGAUUGCUACUGUGGACACAGCAGGCAACAGAGGGUUAUGCUGGAAUACGGUGUGAAAAUUUCACUACCUGCUGGAGAGAUGGAAAACUAUUUAAUGCCAUCAUUCAUAAAUACAGGCCGGACCUGAUAGACAUGAAUACUGUUGCUGUUCAAAGCAACCUUGCAAAUUUAGAGCACGCUUUUUAUGUAGCAGAAAAAAUUGGAGUUAUAAGACUUCUGGAUCCUGAAGAUGUUGAUGUCUCCUCACCUGAUGAAAAAUCAGUAAUAACUUAUGUGUCAUCUCUCUAUGAUGCAUUUCCCAAAGUCCCUGAAGGUGGCGAAGGCAUUGGUGCAAAUGAUGUUGAAGUCAAAUGGAUCGAAUACCAGAAUAUGGUGAACUACCUCAUUCAGUGGAUUAGACACCAUGUGACCACAAUGUCUGAGAGAACAUUUCCUAAUAAUCCCAUAGAACUCAAGGCACUUUAUAAUCAGUAUUUACAGUUUAAAGAAACAGAAAUUCCACCAAAGGAGACAGAAAAAUCAAAAAUUAAACGCCUAUAUAAAUUAUUAGAGAUUUGGAUAGAAUUUGGACGCAUCAAACUACUUCAAGGUUAUCAUCCAAAUGACAUAGAAAAAGAGUGGGGGAAACUCAUUAUUGCCAUGCUCGAGAGAGAGAAGGCACUUCGACCAGAAGUAGAAAGGUUGGAAAUGUUGCAGCAGAUUGCCAACCGAGUUCAAAGGGACAGUGUCAUCUGUGAAGACAAACUGAUACUUGCCCGAAAUGCUCUCCAGUCUGAUUCUAAAAGAUUAGAAUCAGGAGUACAGUUUCAGAAUGAAGCAGAAAUUGCCGGGUAUAUACUUGAAUGUGAGAACCUUUUACGCCAGCAUGUAAUCGAUGUACAGAUUCUUAUUGAUGGAAAAUACUACCAGGCAGAUCAGUUGGUACAGAGGGUUGCAAAACUCCGCGAUGAAAUUAUGGCCUUAAGGAAUGAAUGUUCCUCGGUGUACAGCAAAGGGCGCAUGCUGACGACGGAACAGACAAAACUCAUGAUAUCAGGAAUUACUCAAAGUUUAAACUCAGGAUUUGCACAGACCUUAAACCCCAGUCUGAACUCAGGGCUGACCCAGGGUUUAACGCCUUCCCUGACCCCUUCUAGUGUGACAUCAGGCCUGUCAUCAGGUCUGACUUCCCGUCUGACUCCAUCUGUCACUCCAGCUUAUACACCUGGUUUCCCAUCAGGAGGAUUAGUUCCAAGUUUCAGUUCAGGAGUAGAGGCCAAUUCAUUACAAACUCUGAAAUUGAUGCAGAUCCGAAAGCCCCUUCUAAAGUCUUCUUUGCUGGAUCAGAAUUUAACAGAAGAGGAAAUCAACAUGAAAUUUGUUCAAGAUCUUUUGAAUUGGGUUGAUGAGAUGCAGGUGCAGCUGGACCGCACUGAAUGGGGAUCAGAUUUGCCAAGUGUUGAAAGCCAUUUAGAGAAUCAUAAAAACGUUCACCGAGCUAUUGAAGAAUUUGAAUCUAGCCUUAAAGAAGCUAAAAUCAGUGAGAUCCAAAUGACGGCACCUCUUAAACUAACUUAUGCAGAAAAGUUACACCGAUUAGAGAGUCAGUAUGCAAAACUCCUGAAUACAUCCAGGAAUCAGGAACGGCACCUUGAUACACUCCAUAAUUUUGUAACUCGUGCAACUAAUGAACUUAUUUGGUUGAAUGAAAAAGAAGAGGAGGAAGUUGCCUAUGACUGGAGUGAAAGAAAUAACAACAUAGCUCGGAAAAAAGAUUACCAUGCUGAAUUAAUGAGAGAACUUGAUCAAAAGGAAGAAAAUAUUAAAUCAGUUCAGGAGAUAGCAGAGCAGCUACUUUCGGAAAAUCACCCAGCCAGACUGACAAUUGAGGCCUAUCGAGCGGCAAUGCAGACACAAUGGAGCUGGGUCUUACAGCUGUGCCAGUGUGUGGAGCAGCACAUCAAGGAAAACACCGCGUAUUUCGAGUUUUUCAAUGAUGCCAAAGAAGCUACUGAUUACUUGAAGAAUCUCAAGGACGCCAUUCAGCGGAAGUACAGCUGUGACAGAUCAAGCAGCAUUCACAAACUGGAAGACCUGGUUCAGGAGUCAAUGGAAGAGAAAGAAGAACUUUUACAGUAUAAAAGCACAGUAGCAAGCCUGAUGGGGAGAGCAAAAACAAUAAUUCAGCUGAAGCCAAGGAAUCCUGACUGUCCACUCAAAACUUCUAUUCCAAUCAAAGCUAUCUGUGACUACAGACAAAUUGAGAUAACCAUUUACAAAGAUGAUGAAUGUGUUUUGGCCAACAAUUCUCACCGUGCGAAAUGGAAGGUCAUCAGCCCCACUGGGAAUGAGGCUAUGGUCCCGUCUGUGUGCUUCACAGUCCCUCCACCAAACAAAGAAGCAGUUGACUUUGCAAACAGAAUUGAGCAACAGUAUCAGAAUGUCCUGACUCUUUGGCAUGAGUCUCACAUAAACAUGAAGAGUGUAGUGUCCUGGCAUUAUCUCAUCAAUGAAAUUGAUAGAAUUCGAGCUAGCAAUGUGGCUUCAAUAAAGACAAUGUUACCUGGUGAACAUCAACAAGUUCUGAGUAACCUGCAGUCUCGUUUUGAAGACUUUCUGGAAGAUAGCCAGGAAUCCCAAAUAUUUUCAGGCUCAGAUAUAACGCAACUGGAAAAGGAGGUUAAUGUAUGUAAGCAGUAUUAUCAAGAACUUCUUAAAUCAGCAGAAAGAGAGGAGCAAGAGGAAUCUGUGUAUAACCUGUACAUCUCUGAAGUUCGAAACAUUAGACUUCGGUUAGAGAGUUGCGAAGAUCGGUUGAUUAGACAGAUCCGCACUCCACUGGAAAGAGAUGAUUUGCAUGAAAGUGUGUUCAGAAUCACUGAGCAGGAGAAACUAAAGAAAGAGUUGGAGCGACUUAAAGAUGAUUUGGGAACAAUCACAAAUAAAUGUGAAGAAUUUUUCAGUCAAGCAGCAACCUCUGCAUCAGUGCCCACCUUACGGUCUGAGCUCGGUGUGGUCAUUCAGAACAUGAACCAAGUCUAUUCUAUGUCUUCCACUUACAUAGAUAAACUGAAAACUGUUAAUUUGGUGUUGAAAAACACUCAAGCAGCAGAAGCCUUGGUAAAACUCUAUGAAACUAAACUGUGUGAAGAGGAAGCAGUUAUAGCUGACAAGAAUAAUAUUGAGAAUCUAAUAAGUACCUUAAAGCAAUGGAGGUCUGAAGUAGAUGAAAAGAGAGAGGUAUUCCAUGCAUUAGAGGAUGAGUUGCAGAAAGCUAAAGCCAUCAGUGAUGAAAUGUUUAAAACCUAUAAAGAACGGGACCUUGAUUUUGACUGGCACAAAGAAAAAGCAGAUCAAUUAGUUGAAAGGUGGCAAAAUAUUCACGUUCAGAUUGACAACAGGUUACGGGACUUAGAAGGCAUUGGCAAAUCCCUGAAGUACUAUAGAGAUACUUAUCACCCUUUAGAUGAUUGGAUCCAGCAAGUUGAAACUACCCAGAGAAAAAUUCAGGAAAAUCAGCCUGAAAAUAGUAAAACUCUAGCCACACAGUUGAAUCAACAGAAGAUGCUGGUGUCCGAAAUAGAAAUGAAACAGAGCAAAAUGGAUGAGUGUCAAAAAUAUGCAGAACAGUACUCAACUACAGUGAAGGACUAUGAAUUACAAACAAUGACCUACCGGGCCAUGGUAGAUUCACAACAAAAAUCUCCAGUGAAACGCCGAAGAAUGCAGAGCUCAGCAGAUCUUAUUAUUCAAGAGUUCAUGGACCUAAGGACCCGAUAUACUGCUCUGGUCACCCUCAUGACACAAUAUAUUAAAUUUGCUGGUGAUUCAUUAAAGAGGCUGGAAGAGGAGGAGAAGUCACUGGAAGAAGAAAAGAAAGAACAUGUUGAAAAAGCCAAAGAAUUACAGAAAUGGGUAUCAAAUAUCACCAAGACAUUGAGAGAUGACGAGAAGGCUGGAAAAUCUCCCUUCUCUAAGCAAAAGAUUUCCAGUGAAGAAAUAUCAACUAAGAAGGAACAAUUAUCUGAAGCUCUUCAAACCAUGCAGCUGUUUUUGGCAAAACAUGGAGACAAAAUGACAGAUGAAGAAAGAAAUGAAUUGGAAAAACAAGUGAAAUCUCUUCAAGAAAGUUAUAAUUCAUUCUUCAGUGAAUCUCUGAAACAACUACAAGAAUCACAAACCUUAGGAGAUACAAAGGUAGAGGAGAAGAUCGUGGCAGAGCGUCAGCAGGAGUACAAAGAGAAACUCCAAGGGAUAUGUGAUCUCCUCACCCAAACUGAAAACCGCCUGAUCGGUCACCAAGAAGCCUUUGUGAUUGGAGAUGGAACGGUCGAGUUGAAGGAGUACCAGUCCAAGCAGGAGGAAUUACAGAAAGAUAUGCAAGGAAGUGCACAGGCUUUGGCAGAAAUAGUGAAAAAUACAGAGAACUUCUUGAAAGAGAAUGGUGAAAAGCUGUCACAAGAAGAUAAAGCUUUGAUUGAGCAGAAACUUAAUGAAGCCAAGUUAAAGUGUGAACAGCUUAAUCUAAAGGCAGAACAGUCAAAAAAGGAGCUGGAUAAAGUUGUGACAACAGCAAUCAAAGAAGAAACUGAAAAGGUUGCAGCUGUGAAGCAGCUGGAAGAGAGCAAAACCAAAAUAGAAAACCUUUUGGACUGGCUGUCAAAUGUGGACAAAGAUUCAGAAAGGGCAGGGAUGAGACAGAGACAGGUAAUUGAACAGAACGGGACUCAUUUUCAAGAAGGUGAUGGCAAGUCAGCGAUUGGAGAAGAGGAUGAAGUUAAUGGUAACUUGUUGGAAACUGAUGUUGAUGGACAAGUUGGAACCACUGAGGAGAAUCUGAACCAGCAAUACCAGAAAGUUAAGGCCCAACAUGAGAAGAUCGUCUCUCAGCACCAAGCAGUCCUCAUGGCCACUCAGUCUGCACAAACCUUGCUUGAGAAACAGGGUCACUAUCUCUCUCCUGAGGAAAAAGAGAAACUGCAGAAGAACAUGAAGGAACUGAAAACACAUUAUGAGACCGCACUGGCCGAGUCGGAGAAGAAAAUGAAAUUAACGCAUUCUCUGCAGGAAGAAUUAGAAAAGUUCGAUGCAGAUUAUAGCGAGUUUGAACACUGGCUGCAGCAGUCAGAACAAGAACUGGAAAACCUGGAAGCAGGUGCUGACGACCUCAGUGGUUUAAUGACCAAACUGAAACGGCAGAAGAGUUUCUCAGAAGACGUCAUUUCUCACAAAGGGGACUUGAGGUACAUCACAAUUUCUGGAAACAGAGUGUUAGAAGCAGCCAAGUCUUGCAGCAGGAGAAGCGGCAGUAGCAAGGCUGACCAGGACAAUAUCGAUACUUCUGCAACCCACAGAGAAGUCCAGAGCAAAUUGGAUCAUGCUGCCGAUCGCUUCAGGUCUCUCUACUCGAAGUGCAAUGUCCUCGGGAAUAAUCUUAAAGACUUGGUGGAUAAAUAUCAACACUAUGAAGAUGCCUCAUGUGGACUUCUUUCUGGGCUCCAGGCCUGUGAGGUCACAGCAAGCAAACACUUAUCUGAACCUAUUGCUGUGGACCCUAAAAAUCUGCAAAGGCAAUUAGAAGAGACCAAGGCUUUGCAAGGGCAGAUAUCCAAUCAGCAGGUGGCUGUAGAGAAACUGAAAAAAACGGCCGAAGUCCUUUUAGAUGCCAGAGGAUCUUUACUUCCAGCCAAGAAUGAUAUCCAGAAAACACUGGAUGACAUUGUUGGGAGAUAUGAUGAUCUGUCCAAGUCUGUUAAUGAACGAAAUGAAAAACUCCAGAUAACCUUGACCCGCUCACUGAGUGUGCAGGAUGGCCUGGAUGAAAUGCUGGACUGGAUGGGAAGUGUGGAAAGUUCUCUGAAAGAACAAGGUCAAGUGCCCUUAAACUCUGCUGCUCUUCAGGAUGUGAUCAGUAAAAACAUUAUGUUGGAACAGGAUAUUGCAGGUCGUCAGAGCAGUAUAAAUGCCAUGAAUGAAAAAGUGAAGAAAUUUAUGGAGACCUCAGACCCAUCCACUGCAUCCUCACUGCAGGCCAAGAUGAAAGACUUGUCUGCUCGGUUUUCAGAAGCUAGUCAUAAACACAAAGAAAAACUGGCCAAGAUGGAGGAGCUCAAAACGAAAGUAGAACUCUUUGAGAACCUCUCAGAAAAGCUCCAAACGUUUUUAGAAACAAAAACUCAGGCUCUUACUGACACAGAUGUGCCAGGGAAAGACAUUAGUGAAUUGUCUCAAUAUAUGCAGGAAUCAACUUCUGAAUUCUUAGAACAUAAGAAAGAUCUUGAAGUUUUACACAGUCUUUUGAAGGAGAUAUCCAGCCAUGGCUUGCCAGGUGAUAAGGCUCUGGUUUUUGAAAAAACAAAUAAUUUGUCAAAGAAAUUCAAGGAAAUGGAGCAUACCAUCAAACAAAAAAAAGAAGCUGUAUCUUCUUGUCAAGAACAGAUGGAUGCUUUCCAAGUCCUUGUUAAGUCAUUGAAGUCAUGGAUAGAAGAAACAACAGAAAGAGUUCCUAUUGUUCAGCCUUCUUUUGGUGCAGAGGAUUUAGGAAAAUCUUUGGAAGAAACUAAGAAAUUACAAGAGAAGUGGAGUUCAAAAACACCAGAGAUUCAGAAAGUAAACAACAGUGGGAUCUCACUAUGUAACCUAAUCAGUGCUGUCACUACCCCUGCAAAGGCAAUAACAGCGGUCAAAUCAGGUGGAAUAAUAAAUGGUGAAGGAGCAGCCACAGAUACUCAAGAAAUUUUGGCAAAUAAAGGGUUAACAUCCAUUAAAAAGGAUAUGACUGACAUAAGCCAUGGUUAUGAAGAUCUUGGCCUCUUACUUAAGGACAAAAUAUCUGAACUGAAUAGCAAACUCUCCAAAUUGCAAAAGGCUCAGGAAGAAUCAAGUGCAAUGAUGCAGUGGCUACAGAAGAUGAAUAAAACUGCGACAAAAUGGCAUCAGGCACCUACACCUACAGAUGCGGAAGCUGUGAAGACUCAAGUUGAGCAGAACAAGUCAUUUGAGGCAGAACUGAAGCAAAAUGUAAACAAAGUGCAGGAGUUGAAAGACAAAUUGACAGAGCUGUUGGAGGAGAACCCAGAUACUCCUGAGGCCCCCAGAUGGAAACAGAUGUUGACAGAAAUUGAUUCUAAGUGGCAAGAACUCAAUCAAUUAACAGUUGAUAGACAACAAAAACUGGAAGAAUCCUCUAAUAAUCUAACCCAAUUCCAGACUGUAGAGGCUCAGUUAAAACAGUGGCUUGUGGAGAAAGAACUGAUGGUCAGUGUUCUUGGGCCCUUGUCAAUUGACCCAAAUAUGCUAAACACACAAAGGCAGCAGGUGCAGAUCCUGCUGCAAGAAUUUGAUACUCGGAAGCCUCAAUAUGAGCAGCUAACUGCAGCUGGUCAGAGCAUUUUGAGCAGACCUGGUGAACACCCCUCUUUCCAUGGGAUUGUGAAAGAGCAACUGGCAGCUGUGACCCAAAAGUGGGACAGCCUAACAGGACAAUUGAGUGACAGAUGUGACUGGAUCGACCAAGCCAUUAUUAAGAGCACACAGUAUCAAAGCCUGCUGAGAAGCCUUUCUGAUAAACUGAGUGACUUGGAUAAUAAACUCAUCACCAGUGCGGCCGUGAGCACGCACCCUGAUGCCAUGAACCAGCAGUUGGAAGCAGCCCAAAAAAUGAAGCAGGAACUGGAGCAGGAAAUGAAACAGAUAAAGGUGGCCCAGGCCCUCUGUGAGGAUUUGUCAGCACUGGUUAAAGAAGAGUACUUGAAAGCAGAACUGAGUAGGCAACUAGAAGGCAUCAUAAAGUCAUUUAAGGAUAUUGAACAAAAAACAGAGAAUCAUGUUGAGCACCUUCAGUCAGCCUGUGCGAGCUCUCACCAAUUUCAGCAAAUGUCUCAAGACUUUCAGGCUUGGCUGGAUACAAAGAAAGAAGAGCAAAACAAGUGUCCCCCCAUAUCAGCCAAACUCGAUGUCUUGGAGUCCUUAAUUAAAGAUCAGAAAGACUUUAGUAAUACUUUGUCUGCUCAGUCUAAUAUUUAUGAAAAAACCAUUGCAGAAGGUGAAAAUCUCUUGUUAAAAACACAAGGGUCUGAGAAGGCAGCCUUACAAUUACAACUUAACUCAAUUAAAACCAACUGGGAUGGAUUUAAUAAACAGGUGAAAGAGCGGGAAGACAGGGUAAAAGAUUCACUGGAAAAAGCCCUCAAGUACAGAGAGCAUGUAGAGACUCUCCGGCCAUGGAUAGACAAAUGUCAAAAUAACCUGGAGGAAAUAAAAUUUUGCUUGGAUCCUGCUGAAACAGAGAAUUCUGUUGCCAAGUUACAGUCUCUGCAGAAGGAAAUGAACCAACACUUGGGGAUGGUAGAACUGCUAAACAAUGCAGCCAAUAGCUUGCUCAGUGUCUGUGAGGUAGAUAAAGAGGCUGUUACAGAUGAGAAUAAAUCACUGAUCCAGAAAGUAGACAUGGUCACCGAGCAACUUCACAGUAAGAAGUUCUCUCUGGAGAACAUGGCCCAGAAGUUUAAAGAAUUUCAAGAAGUUUCCAAAGAAGCUAAAAGGCAGCUUCAGUGUGCAAAGGAGCAGCUAGAUGUCUAUGAUUCCUUAGGACCCCAGGCCUACAGUAACAAAUACCUGACUGUGUUGCAGACUCAGCAGAAGACCCUUCAGACCUUGAAACAUCAGGUAGAUUUGGUCAAAGGGCUUGCACAAGACCUUGUGGUAGAAGCUUCAGACUCAAAGGGAACCUCUGAUGUUUUAUUACAAGCAGAAACCUUAGCUCAAGAACAUAGUGCAUUGAGUCAACAGGUUGAUGAAAGGUGUUCAUUCUUAGAAACCAAGCUUCAGGGCAUUGGGCAUUUCCAGAAUACCAUCCGAGAAAUGUUUUCUCAGUUUGCAGAGUUCGAUGAUGAACUAGAUAGUAUGGCCCCAGUGGGGAGAGAUGUAGAAACAUUGCAAAAGCAAAAGGAGGAUAUCAAAGCCUUUCUGAAGAAACUAGAAGCCCUCAUAGCAAGCAACGACAAUGCUAAUAAAACCUGCAAGAGGAUGCUGGCCAUGGAAGAAACCUCUCCUGAUCUUGUUGGAAUCAAAAGGGACUUGGAAGCUUUAAGCAAACAAUGCAACAAGUUACUGGACCGAGCACAAGCCCGAGAAGAGCAAGUUGAAGGGACGGUUGAGCGUCUUGAAGAAUUCUACAGCAAACUGAAGGAAUUCUCUACUCUGCUUCAGAAGGCUGAAGAACAUGAAGAGUCUCAAGGCCCUGUUGGUAUGGAAACAGAGACCAUUAACCAACAGCUUAAUGUGUUCAAGGUAUUCCAAAAAGAAGAGAUUGAACCUUUGCAGGUUCAACAGCAAGAUGUGAACUGGUUAGGUCAGGGCCUUAUUCAGAGUGCUGCUAAAAGCACCAGCACCCAGGGUUUGGAGCAUGACCUGGAUGAUGUCAACGCACGGUGGAAGACUCUCAAUAAGAAGGUAGCUCAGCGGGCAGCCCAGCUGCAGGAGGCACUGCUGCACUGUGGGCGCUUCCAGGACGCCCUGGAGUCCCUGCUCAGCUGGAUGGCAGACACUGAGGAGCUUGUGGCCAACCAGAAGCCCCCAUCAGCCGAGUUCAAAGUGGUGAAGGCCCAGAUACAAGAGCAAAAACUUCUCCAAAGAUUGCUGGAUGACCGCAAAUCGACUGUGGAGGUAAUCAAACGUGAAGGAGAAAAAAUUGCUGCAACAGCAGAACCUGCAGACAAAGCAAAGAUUCUGAAGCAGCUGAGUCUCUUGGACAGUAGAUGGGAGGCAUUGCUUAACAAAGCUGAAACACGGAAUCGUCAGUUGGAAGGUAUCUCAGUGGUAGCACAGCAAUUUCAUGAAACCCUAGAACCAUUGAAUGAGUGGCUUACAACCAUAGAAAAGAAGCUGGCGAACUGUGAGCCCAUAGGAACCCAAGCGUCUAAACUUGAGGAACAAAUUGCACAGCACAAAGCCUUAGAAGAUGACAUCAUCAAUCACAAUAAACAUUUACACCAGGCUGUUAGCAUUGGCCAAUCCUUAAAGGUUUUGAGCUCCAGGGAGGAUAAAGAUACGGUGCAAAGUAAACUAGACUCCUCUCAAGUGUGGUACAUUGAGAUUCAAGAGAAAAGUCACAGCAGGUCUGAGCUCCUCCAGCAGGCCUUAUGUAAUGCUAAGAUUUUUGGGGAAGAUGAAGUUGAGCUGAUGAAUUGGCUGAAUGAAGUGCAUGACAAACUGAGCAAGCUCUCAGUCCAGGAUUACAGCCCUGAGGGGUUAUGGAAGCAGCAGUCUGAACUUCGGGUUCUGCAAGAGGACAUCCUACUCAGAAAACAAAAUGUAGAUCAGGCAUUACUAAAUGGUUUAGAACUACUGAAACAAACAACAGGUGAUGAAGUUUUAAUCAUUCAAGAUAAAUUGGAAGCCAUUAAAGCAAGGUACAAAGACAUUACUAAACUAAGCACGGAUGUAGCCAAGACCUUGGAGCAGGCACUGCAGCUUGCCAGGCGCCUGCACUCCACACGUGAAGAGCUCUGCACCUGGCUGGACAAAGUGGAGGUGGAAUUACUUUCAUACGAAACUCAGGUUCUGACGGGAGAAGCAGCAAGCCAAGCCCAAGCGAGACAAAAAGAACUGAAAAAGGAAGCUAAGGACAGCAAAGCCUUAUUGGACUCCCUUAACGAAGUGAGCAGUGCUUUACUGGAGUUGGUACCCUGGAGGGCGAGGGAAGGACUGGAAAAAAUGGUGGCCGAGGACAAUGACCGCUACCGAUUAGUGAGCGACACCAUCACUCAAAAGGUGGAGGAGAUCGAUGCGGCCAUUCUGAGAUCACAGCAGUUUGACCAAGCAGCUGAUGCUGAAUUAUCCUGGAUUACUGAAACCGAAAAGAAAUUGAUGUCUCUGGGUGACAUCAGGCUUGAGCAAGACCAGACCUCUGCUCAGCUGCAGCUUCAAAAGAAAUUCACCAUGGAGAUUUUGAGACACAAGGAUAUUAUUGAUGAGCUUGUGAAAUCUGGACAUAAAAUCAUGACCACAUGCAGUGAAGAGGAAAAGCAAUCAAUGAAGAAAAAACUGGACAAGGUGUUGAAGAACUAUGAUGCCAUCUGCCAGGUAAACUCAGAGAGGUAUCUACAGCUAGAACGAGCACAGUCCCUGGUUAACCAGUUCUGGGAAACAUAUGAAGAACUUUGGCCAUGGCUGACAGAAACACAAAGAAUCAUCUCUCAGCUUCCUGCCCCAGCCCUCGAAUAUGAAACUCUAAGACAACAGCAGGAAGAGCACCGGCAACUGCGAGAGUUGAUAGCCGAACACAAGCCUCAUAUAGAUAAGAUGAACAAAACUGGGCCACAGUUACUGGAAUUGAGCCCAGGGGAAGGCUUUUCUAUCCAAGAGAAGUACGUGGCAGCUGACACCCUUUACAGUCAAAUUAAAGAAGAUGUCAAAAAGCGAGCCGUGGCAUUGGAUGAAGCUAUUUCUCAAUCUACUCAGUUCCACGACAAGAUAGACCAGAUCCUUGAGAGCCUGGAACGCAUCGUGGAGCGUUUGAGGCAGCCGCCUUCGAUCUCAGCUGAGGUAGAGAAGAUUAAGGAGCAGAUCAGUGAGAAUAAGAAUGUGUCAGUAGACAUGGAGAAGCUACAACCAUUGUAUGAAACACUUAAAAAGCGGGGAGAGGAAAUGAUUGCGAGAUCUGAGGGCACUGACAAAGACAUAUCUGCCAAAGCUGUUCAGGAUAAGCUUGACCAAAUGGUUUUCAUUUGGGAGAACAUACACACACUUGUGGAAGAAAGGGAAGCCAAACUACUGGAUGUAAUGGAAUUAGCAGAGAAGUUCUGGUGUGAUCACAUGUCAUUGGUCGUAACCACUAAAGACACACAAGAUUUCAUCCGGGAUCUGGAGGAUCCUGGAAUUGAUCCCUCAGUAGUAAAACAGCAGCAAGAAGCAGCAGAGGCCAUUAAGGAAGAAAUUGAUGGACUACAGGAAGAGCUGGAUAUAGUUGUCAACCUGGGUUCUGAACUCAUUGCUGCAUGUGGGGAACCUGAUAAACCCAUUGUCAAGAAGAGUAUAGAUGAGUUAAAUUCAGCCUGGGAUUCUCUGAAUAAGGCUUGGAAAGACCGGGUGGACAAACUUGAGGAGGCAAUGCAGGCUGCCGUUCAGUACCAGGAUGGCCUACAGGCAAUAUUUGACUGGGUAGAUAUUGCAGGUGGUAAAUUAGCUUCAAUGUCACCAAUUGGAACAGAUCUUGAAACUGUCAAGCAGCAGAUUGAAGAGCUAAAGCAAUUCAAGUCAGAGGCCUACCAACAACAGAUAGAAAUGGAGAGGCUAAAUCAUCAAGCAGAGCUUUUGCUGAAGAAAGUAACAGAAGAGAGCGACAAACACACUGUUCAAGACCCAUUGAUGGAACUGAAAUUGAUAUGGGAUAGUCUGGAUGAAAGAAUUAUCAACAGACAGCAUAAGCUAGAAGGUGCUCUGUUAGCACUGGGCCAGUUCCAGCAUGCCCUGGAUGAGCUGCUUGCCUGGCUGACACACACUGAGGGCCUGCUGAGUGAACAGAAGCCUGUGGGAGGAGACCCUAAGGCCAUUGAAAUUGAACUCGCCAAGCACCAUGUGCUUCAAAAUGAUGUACUAGCCCAUCAGUCCACAGUGGAAGCCGUUAACAAAGCAGGAAAUGAUCUGAUUGCAUCAAGUGCAGGAGAAGAAGCAAGCAACCUUCAGAACAAGCUAGAGAUUCUAAAUCAACGAUGGCAAAAUGUUUUGGAAAAAACAGAACAAAGGAAGCAGCAGCUGGAUGGUGCCUUGCGCCAGGCCAAAGGGUUCCAUGGUGAGAUUGAGGAUUUGCAGCAGUGGCUGACGGACACGGAGCGUCAUCUGUUAGCCUCCAAACCUCUGGGGGGGUUACCGGAAACAGCCAGGGAGCAGCUUAAUGCCCACCUGGAAAUCUGUGCUGCCUUUGAUGUUAAAGAAGAAACAUACAAAAGUCUGAUGCAGAAAGGCCAGCAGAUGCUUGCAAGAUGCCCCAAAUCUGCAGAGACAAUUGACCAAGACAUAAAUAACUUGAAAGAAAAAUGGGAAUCGGUGGAAACCAAACUCAAUGAAAGGAAAACUAAACUGGAAGAGGCCCUCAACUUGGCAAUGGAGUUCCAUAAUUCCCUCCAAGACUUCAUCAACUGGCUAACCCAGGCUGAACAGACCCUAAAUGUAGCUUCUCGGCCAAGUCUUAUCUUGGACACAGUCUUGUUUCAAAUCGAUGAACACAAGGUCUUCGCCAAUGAAGUAAAUUCUCACCGUGAGCAGAUAAUAGAGCUGGACAAAACUGGGACCCACCUGAAGUAUUUCAGUCAGAAACAAGACGUUGUCCUAAUUAAGAAUCUACUGAUCAGUGUACAAAGUCGGUGGGAAAAAGUGGUUCAGCGGUUAGUAGAAAGAGGGAGAUCUUUGGAUGAUGCAAGGAAAAGAGCCAAGCAGGUAAACUUUUCUAAACUAGUCAAUAAAUCAGUUUUAGGUACAAAAGAGUUUCAGAAAUCACUUGGAGCCAAGCAUUCUGUCUAUGACACCACCAACAGAACGGGACGUUCUCUGAAGGAGAAAACCUCCCUGGCUGAUGACAACCUGAAACUGGAUGACAUGCUGAGUGAACUCAGAGACAAAUGGGAUACCAUCUGUGGAAAAUCUGUGGAAAGACAAAACAAACUGGAGGAAGCCCUGUUAUUUUCUGGACAAUUCACCGAUGCCUUGCAGGCCCUCAUUGAUUGGCUGUAUAGAGUUGAACCCCAGCUGGCAGAAGACCAGCCUGUCCAUGGAGACAUUGAUUUAGUGAUGAAUCUGAUCGAUAAUCACAAGGCUUUCCAGAAAGAACUGGGGAAGAGGACCAGCAGCGUGCAGGCCCUGAAGCGCUCGGCACGAGAGCUCAUAGAGGGCAGCCGAGACGACUCCUCCUGGGUCAAGGUCCAGAUGCAGGAACUAAGCACACGCUGGGAGACUGUGUGUGCACUUUCUAUAUCAAAGCAGACCCGAUUGGAAGCAGCCCUGCGUCAGGCAGAGGAAUUUCACUCGGUGGUGCAUGCCCUCCUGGAGUGGCUGGCCGAGGCGGAGCAAACCCUUCGUUUCCAUGGCGCUCUCCCAGAUGAUGAGGAUGCUCUUCGGACUCUCAUUGAUCAGCAUAAAGAAUUCAUGAAGAAACUGGAAGAAAAAAGAGCCGCACUGAAUAAAGCUACCAGCAUGGGAGAUGCCGUUUUGGCCAUGUGCCAUCCUGACUCCAUCACCACCAUUAAGCACUGGAUAACCAUCAUCCGGGCCAGGUUUGAGGAGGUGUUGGCCUGGGCAAAGCAGCAUCAACAGAGAUUAGCAAGUGCUCUGGCUGGGCUCAUUGCUAAACAGGAAUUGUUGGAAGCUUUGCUGGCUUGGCUGCAAUGGGCUGAAACCACGUUGAGUGAUAAGGACAAGGAAGUCAUCCCCCAGGAAAUCGAAGAGGUGAAAGCCCUCAUUGCAGAGCACCAGACCUUCAUGGAGGAAAUGACCAGAAAACAACCUGAUGUGGAUAAAGUUACCAAGACCUACAAGAGGAGGGCAGCUGAUCCUGCCUCAUUACAGUCCCAUAUUCCAGUCCUGGAUAAGGGACGAGCAGGAAGAAAGCGCUUCCCAGCAUCAAGCUUAUAUCCCUCUGGAUCACAGACACAAAUCGAAACCAAGAAUCCCAGGGUCAACUUGUUGGUGAGCAAAUGGCAGCAAGUUUGGCUCCUCGCACUGGAAAGAAGGAGGAAGCUUAAUGAUGCCUUGGACAGACUGGAAGAGCUGAGGGAAUUUGCUAACUUUGAUUUUGAUAUCUGGCGCAAAAAAUACAUGAGAUGGAUGAAUCAUAAGAAAUCUCGAGUGAUGGACUUCUUCAGGAGAAUUGAUAAAGAUCAGGAUGGGAAAAUAACCCGACAAGAAUUUAUUGAUGGAAUUCUUUCCUCAAAGUUUCCAACCAGCCGCCUGGAGAUGAGCGCAGUUGCAGACAUCUUUGACCGAGACGGCGAUGGAUACAUUGACUACUAUGAGUUUGUAGCGGCCCUUCAUCCGAAUAAAGAUGCAUAUAAACCUGUCACUGACGCCGACAAAAUCGAGGAUGAGGUGACAAGACAAGUAGCUAAGUGUAAAUGUGCAAAACGAUUUCAAGUUGAACAGAUCGGAGAUAACAAAUACAGGUUCUUCCUGGGAAAUCAGUUUGGGGACUCCCAGCAGCUGAGGCUCGUUCGAAUCCUACGAAGUACCGUAAUGGUUCGUGUUGGAGGCGGAUGGAUGGCACUUGAUGAGUUCUUGGUGAAAAAUGAUCCUUGCAGGGCCAAAGGAAGGACAAACAUGGAACUUCGGGAGAAGUUCAUUUUAGCAGAUGGUGCCAGUCAGGGUAUGGCAGCCUUCCGGCCCCGGGGCCGAAGAUCGCGGCCUUCGUCACGAGGAGCUUCACCCAACCGCUCAACGUCUGUGUCCAGUCAGGCUGGCCAGGCGGCCUCUCCACAGGUCCCUGCCACCAGCACACCCAAGAUUCUCCAUCCUUUAACACGCAAUUAUGGUAAACCAUGGUUGACAAACAGCAAAAUGUCAACUCCUUGUAAACCAGCAGAGUGCUCAGACUUUUCCGUGCCGUCUGCAGAGGGAACACCAAUACAAGGAAGCAAGCUUCGACUUCCAGGAUAUUUAUCAGGGAAAGGCUUCCACUCUGGGGACGACAGUGGCUUGAUAACCACCGCAGCCGCCAGAGUCCGAACACAGUUUGCUGAUCCCAAGAAGACUCCUAGCCGACCAGGAAGCCGAGCCGGAAGCAAAGCUGGCAGCAGGGCCAGCAGCCGCCGAGGCAGUGAUGCGUCAGACUUUGACAUUUCGGAAAUCCAGUCUGUGUGCUCAGACGUGGAGACUGUCCCCCAGACACACAGGCCUACGCCCCGAGCAGGUUCUCGGCCAUCCACAGCCAAGCCUUCCAAAAUCCCCACGCCCCAGAGGAAAUCACCUGCCAGCAAAUUGGACAAGUCCUCAAAGAGAUAG